GCGACCUUCCUUCCACACGGAGAUCCACACUUGCAGCUGCCACAGCGGGUGGUGCUUGGCUUGGCGUAGCCGUAGCUUAGCUGCUCGUGAGCAAUGGCGUCCACCAAGGUGUCACUGUUCCUCGUCCUCAACCUCCUGCUCUUAGCGGCGGCCAACGCCUGCCCUUACUGCCCGGGCAACAAUGGCCACGGCAGCAGCGGGCACCAUGGCGGCAGCGGGCAUCAUGGUGGCGGCGGAAGCGGCGGCAGCGGGCCGGGUGAGGGCAGUAGCGGUGGCAGCUGGGGAGGCAAUAAUGGCGGUGCUCCGGGCAGCGGCGGUGGAGGGUACGGCCCGAUCGGCGGCGGCGGGAUAGGCCCGAUUGGUGGAGGCGGCGGUGGGAUUGGAGUCGGACCCAUCGGAGGCGGCAGCGGCGGUGGUGGCGGAUAUGGCCCCAUCGGCGGAGGUGGUGGUGGUGGCGGUGGCGGCGGUGGCAAUGACGGCACGAGCGGGUGGUACGGCCACUGCCCGACGAACGCGCUGAAGCUCGGCGUGUGUGCCAACGUGCUGGACCUGAUCAAGGCCAAGGCCGGCGUGCCGGUGAACGAGCCGUGCUGCCCGCUGCUGAACGGGCUCGUGGAGCUGGACGCCGCCGUGUGCCUCUGCACGGCCAUCAAGGCCAACGUGCUGGGGCUCAACCUCAACAUCCCCGUCAACCUCAGCCUCGUCCUCAACUUCUGCGGCAAGGGCGUCCCCACAGGCUUCAAGUGCGCGUAAACCACGUACGAAUGCAUCAUAUGUACGUGCGCGCGCACACACACGUAGUAUCCUGCAUGCGGGAUUAAUUGUUGCCGGAUUGGUGGUAAUCUUGUCAUUGUUUAGUUGUCAAUGCAUUGUUUAGUUUCGUUCUGCUAGCAUUAAGGUGUCAGUGUAGUAUGUAGCCGGGGCACGGUGUCUCGUUCAACUUUGGGUUAAUUGUAUUUGUCCAUCUCAUAAUGAAAUCAUAUUUGUGAUUUGAGUUAAAA